UUUAAUUCAAACACAUUCACUUAGACAUAGGAUGUUAUGUAUUGUGUGGCUGUAGGAUUGUGACGCAGAGAACAUGACUCAUAGCCAGUCAGCUAGUGGCCGAGUGGGAGCGAUAAGACACAGCUUAUCAAAUCGGGAUCAAGGCUGGGUUGUUUUUCUGGUGGAAUGCCUCUUUAUAUAGAGGUGUGGAAACACUGAGCAGAGCUCCAUCGCUAAGAGACCAGAGAUGAAGAGACCGUCACACAGGAAAUGAUCAUUCCAACACACACAGGGAUCUGAUCUGAAGAGAGUGUUUGUGUGAGGAGGGCGUGUGGUGUCUGUUCUUAACCCCCUCCACCCCUUACCCAGAAUCCUCUUCUCCAACCCCUCAGACCCCUAACCCCUGACCCCCAAGCCAUGAUGUCGGGGAAGGGGAAGGUUAGCCCGCGUCACCGGCCAUGGUCCGUAUACCGUGCUAACACCUUUGACCACUCUGCUGAGAUGAUGGGACUGACACUGGCAGGUAACAGUCAGGACCCAGAUGAACCGGUGUUGGAGUUCAGUCUGGCCUGCAGUGAACUGGUCACACCAGCGUUUGAUCGUAAGCCAAUCAGCUUUGUGGCGGUCAGCUGUACAACUCCUCCCCAGGCCUUCUGGACCAAACACGCUCAGACAGAGAUCAUAGAGGGUACCAGUAAUCCUAUCUAUCUGAGUAGUAUAGCAUUCUUCCAGGACUCUCUGAUCACUCAACAGACGCAGGUCAAGCUGUCUGUGUACGACGUCAAGGACCGCUCCCAAGGCACGAUGUACCUGCUGGGAUCAGCCAUGUUCCCAGUUAAGGAGCUUCUGCAGGACAAACACCACAGACUCCACCUAACCCUCAGGUCAGCGGAGAGCGAACGCAUGGGCAACAUCACCAUCAUCGCCUGGCAGAUAGAAGAGAGGACAGAGCAGAGAGCCACCGCGGCCCGGCAGGACACUAUCAAUGGCAGGAUGAUGCUUCAAGUGGAUGACAGCCUGACUGAGUCAGUGAACAUCAGGGCCAAGUCUGCAUCUCUGUGCAAAGACACACUGCUUAAGGCUGUUUUUGGGGGCACCAUGUCACGUAUGUAUCGAUUCCCCACCACGGAUGGAAACCACCUGAGGAUCCUAGAGCAGAUGUCUGACAGCGUCCUCUCUCUACACAUCCCUCGACAGUUUGUCAAACUACUGCUGGAGGAGGACGCUGCCAGGGUGUGUGAGCUGGAGGAGUUGGGGGAGUUAUCUCCAUGUUGGGAGAACCUGAGGAGGGAGAUCAUUUCUCAAUACCAGACCAUCAUCCUCACCUACCAGGAGACCAUCUGCGACCUGCACCAAUAUAAAGGUCCAUCCUUUAAAUCCAGCACUCUGAAAGCAGAGAAGAAGCUGGAGUUCAUCCCCACUAACCUGCACGUCCAGAGGAUGAGAGUACAAGGAGAGUCUGGCUAUGACAGGACCUAUGACGUAGUAACUAUAGGGGCCCCAGCAGCCCACUACCAAGGCUUUAAGCACUGUGGUCUCCGGAAACUUAUCCACAAGUUUGAGGAGGCUAGGAAACACGCAUAUGAGGAGGAAUGCAGUUCUGGGUCUAGCUCUAAGCCGGUGGCCUACCUGCCUCGGGACGUGUUGAGAGCGAAGGAGCUGAUUGGUCAGGUCAACACUUUGAAGACUCAGGUUUGCUACUACACCGAACGUUUGUCCCGCGCUGCCAAGGAACGCUCAGCCAACGCUCUGGAGAGAACCCUCGCCAUCCUCUCUGAGAAGACUCGUCAGUUGGUGACAGUCUGUGACUCUAAGCUGCUGUCCUCAGCCAUCCUAGCCCUUACUGCCGCCCGGCCGGAAUGCAUCGUCCAGAAGGGCAGUCCCUCCCCAUCGUCCCUCACCCCCUCUCCAUCCCGCUCCCCCUGUCGCUCAUCUACCUCACCCUGUCGCUCCUCUACCUCCCCCUCACGCCAAUCCACCUCCCCCUCGCGUCGCUCCAUCUCCCCUCGCCACUCAGUAUACGUGGAGGGAGAGAGGGGGAGAGGCAAGCGCUCCUCCCUACAGGCUGACUGGCAUGAGGAGGACUGGGAGAAGGUGUGGUUAAAUGUAGAUAAGAGUCUGGACUGUGUGAUCCAGAGGGUGGAAAGACUGCUGGCCAAAGACAGGCUGCAGAGUGACAGCAGCAGUGAGGAUGUGUUCCUGGAUGCUCAGCAGCUGACCAACGCCAUUACUAAGAGAAGUAUCCAUGGAAACAGGGAAGCCUUCUGGAUACACCCUGGAUCGUCAUCUUCAUCACCUCUUCUUCCUCCAUCAUCAUCAAUGUCAUCAUUCCCUCAUCUGAGCACCACAUGUCAAUCAAACCAUGAAAGACAAAAGCACUACAGCAGCCCAGACAUAGAAAAAGAAAAGCCCUCCCCAGGUGAAUGGAGUGAUGCGUUGUACCCUCUCCUGACCACCCUGUCCGAGUGUGUGUCUCUGAUGAGUGACAAGGCUAAGAAGUCCAUGGUGUUCCUCCUAAUGCAGGACAGUGCUCCCACCAUCGCCAUGAACCUCACGCUACAGUACCGAAGAGAUGUGGUCUUCUGUCAGACGCUGUCAGCUCUGAUCUGUGGCUUCGUCAUCAAGCUGAGGAACUGUCUCUGUGACGACGGCUUCCUCAGGCAGCUCCACACCAUCGGCCUGCUGGUCCAGCAUGAGGGCCUGCUUAGCACCUAUGGGGAUGAGCUGGCCAUGUUGGAGGACAUGAGUGUUGGCGUGAUGGAUCUGCGGAACGUCACCUUUAAAGUCACCCAGGCAACCUCGGUCUUCGGCCCAGACAUGCUGCCUGUCAUCACCGGGAACCGGGACGGCUUCAACGUCAGGGUUCCGUUACCAGCGCCGAUGUUUGAUGCGUUGCCGCGGGAGAUCCAGAACGGCAUGCUGCUGCGGGUGCAGCCUGUUCUCUUCAAUGUGGGAAUCAAUGAACAGCAGACACUGGCAGAGAAGUUUGGAGACACAUCUCUCCAGGAGGUGAUUAACAUGGAGAAUAUGGCUCGUCUCAGCUCCUACUACGACCAGUACAAAGAGGUCCUGCCUGAGGACUGCCUCCCUCGUACCCGUAGUCAGACCAGCCUGCCUGAGCUGCUGAAGCUGCUCGGUCAGAACAUCAGUGCCAGGAAGAGCAAGAACGUAGAGAUCCUGUGGCAGGCAGCGGAGGUGUGUCGGCGUCUGAACGGCGUGCGUUUCACCAGCUGUAAGAGUGCUAAGGAUCGUACAGCCAUGUCUCUAACCCUGGAGCAGUGUCUGAUACUCCAGCAGGAGCACGCCAUGGCCCCACAGGUCUUCUUCCAGGCCCUCGACUGCAUGCGCAGUGAGGGCUGCAGACGAGAGAACACCAUGAAGAAUGUAGGAUGUCGUAAAUACGCCUUCAACUCCCUCCAGCUGAAGGCCUUUCCCAAACAGUACCGCCCCCCUGAGGGCACCUAUGGGAAAGUAGAUACCUGAUUGGACAGCUGCCCAUCUCUCGAAGUAGCCAAUAGAAGGGGACAGAGACUAGACAAUGUCAACGUCAACAACAACAUAAAAACAAAAUAACUUCAUGAAAGCAACCGAUCCCUUUCUAUAGUGCUGACUCACUGUUGAUGUUAUCUGUGGUAGAUUGAUAGCGCUUCCCUCUCCUUUGCGAUUAGUAUCUCUGCGUUAUGGCAUGAGAACCACUACACGCACACAACAACAACAACAACAACAACAACAACUUAAAAACAGCUUUUGCAAUACAUUGUCACAGAUUGUAUUGAUGUAAAACAAACUUUAGUUCUAGAGCUGCAGUUGUUUUAGUUGUACUUAGAGCUCUUAUCAUGUGGCCUGGGUUCUUACCACUGUCUCUCAUGGAACAUUUAAAGUCAAUUUAAAGAGAACAAAACCUUUGUGUACAGAGCAUCAGUGUGUUAUUUGCUCAUGAUUAUACACAAGGAUUAGAUGUCGACACUUGUAUCUGUGAUGUAUGAAGACCCAUCCCAAGCGUAUUUGAUAAUGCAGCUACUGGACAGGGUUAGUGCAAAAUGGAGCGCCACUAUGCUGUGUUUUGGUUUUUCUACUGAGUCAAACAGUUGCAGUGACAGGGUUCAUCUGUCCCUUGGCCACUGCAUGUUUAUUUUAUGUUUUAUAUCUUGUCAUUGAGUGCAUGGUACAAUGCUCCACUAUAUUAGAUGCAAGCAUGGAUGGGGUUCACACACAACCAAAUUCAUCCAAAAACAACUCAAUUAAAAUAUAUGAUCACAUGCUUGUAGAUUGUAUUCAACUGAAAAAUAACAUAGUGUCCAAAUCUUGCACUCCCCCCAACCCCUGUCUGUUCAUAAAGUAAUGUUUAGAUCCAUGACCCAGGUGGUAGGCAUAUUAACUUUAAAUCAAACUAUAGACUCAGUCAAACUAUAACAUAUUAGCUUAGAGUAAGGACCAGUGUUAUAAGAAAUAUUAUGUGGGCAGCUUUUCUCUGCGAGUUUCAUCUCUUUUAAGAACCCCAGAGGAAUACUACAACACUGAUAGAAGCUAACUCACUCUGACGCUGCAGAGGGCGCCUGACGGACUGGACCACCACAGGAGCAACAAAACACGGCUUUAUUUGUACAACCGUUAGAUAGAAAAGCCUUACAUUAUUAUUGUACGUUUGGAUAUAAUGGACUGGUACAGUGCAUAGAAAGAAGUCUGUUUAAAAUGCACAGCGUUAUGCGUUAAAUUGUACUGUGAACCCCUCACUAGCUUCUGUUUCCAUGUUUAUCCAUAGCUUUUAUUGCACAUUACAGAGACAGUUUAUUUUUAUUUAGGAAAACAUUUUUAAACUUUAUUUUGCUGAAUAUUAUUGAUGCUGAUUGAUGCACUGAAAAUUGCUGAAAAAAGUUGCCAAAAUGCUGCGAGUUUUAUCCAUCCAUCCAUAUAUGUCAUGUAUUUUUCUUUGUGUGUAUUGAGCCACACACUUUCAGGUGAAAACAUCUGUAUCUGUACAGGUACAGGCUUUGCUGUAAAAUGUGCUUUCCCCCUCAACUCUGUAACUUAAAAUUAAAAUAUGAGCAGUAAACUGUU